CAGGCUGAAAGUCAAGUCAAAGUUACAUUUGUAUUAUAUUUUAGUGUCUUUACUAAACUCAUAAGCAUAACAUUCAGAUUUCAUUAUGGACAUCUUCGGAACACCCACCGAAAUCAAGAUUAGUGUCAUGAAAGCGAUUGCCGAACUACAGUACACAGCUUCUGAUAUUUUUGUGUACGAAAAGAAGAUCUGCGAUCAUGUGGUGUAUGACAAAAGUGAUAAAGAUUUGCUUGUUAAGCAGACUCUAUUUGAUUUAACUUUUUUGGGAGUAUUAGCGCAAACUGGAUCGACGUUUGCCUUGCUACAAAGUCUAAUCGUACAAGUUUCAUCGGAGAAUCUUAAACCUGCCGUUGAACCGAAACAAAAGAAUCCAGAGAGCUUUAAAGCAAGAAUUCCUCCUGUGAAAAAUUGUUCCUGUCGAGAACUCAAUUUGUUGUUUGCUUUGAAAAAUAUAGGAGAUAAUCCAAACGACGUCUUCGGAACACCCACCGAAAUCAAGAUUAGUGUCAUGAAAGCGAUUGCCGAACUACAGUACACAGCUUCUGAUAUUUUUGUGUACGAUAAGAAGAUAUGCGAUCAUGUGGUGUACGACAAAAGUGAUAAAGAUUUGCUUGUUAAGCAGACUCUAUUUGAUUUAACUAUUUUGGGAGUAUUAGUGCGAACUGGAUCGUCGUUUGCCUUGCGACAAAAUCUAAUCGUACAAGUUCCAUCGGAGAAUCUUAAACGUGCCGUUGAACCGAAACAAAAGAAAAAAGUUUUGAGAAAUGUGAAGUCAAAGGUUAAAGACACAAAUCACAAAAAGAAACAAAAUUUUGAAGAUGAAGAAUCCGCCGCAGAAAUAGAUGCGCUAUUUGCCUUCUAUAUUGAAGAAUUUAAGAACAUCAAAACUAUAAAUAAUCCAGAGAGCUCUAAAGCAAGAACUCCUUCGAGACUUGGGUCGACAGGACUGGACGAUGAUAUCAUUAUUUUAGAACUCAGUGCACCUCUCAAUGAUCAGACCUCUAAACCAAUGGAGAAUGUGGUAGAAAAUGUAAAAUCAAAGCGUAAAAUUACAAUAGCUAAAGAGAUAGGACAAAAAAAAAGUUAUUCCUGUCCAGAACUCAAUUUUUUAUAUAGGAGGUAAUAAAAACGUGUAUGUGUCAAAACGUGGAUCGAUAUUAGGAUCACUUGGACUGAAAAAAGCAAACAACAUUAUGUCAAUAAAUGCCCUUAAGGAUCAAGAGUACUCCAGUCGUUGGAAAUUUACAGAUCCAUUAGUUAUUUAACAAAUUUUCUUUACUGUUUACUGUUUUUAUUUGGUUCAAUGCAUUUUAAUAAAUUUUAAUUUAUGUGAUAUUAUA